AUGGAUUUGAAAUGUGUAUCGAAUAUAAAAUGUGACCAAGGAGCUAUACGCUCUGUCAGGUUUAAUGUGGAUGGUGAAUAUUGCCUUACUUGUGGUAGUGACAAGAAAAUUAAACUCUGGAAUCCAUUCAAGGAAUUAUGUUUGAAAACCUACGCUGGCCAUGGAGACUGUGUAAUGGAUGCAUGUGGUUCAUGUGAUAGCAGUGAAUUGGCGUCAUGUGGAGCUGACAAAUCAGUUGUAUUAUGGGAUGUGUCAGAUGGAAGAGUAAAACGCAGAUUACGGCAGCAUGCUGCUGCUGUGAAUUGUGUUGAAUAUAAUGAAGAUUCUUCAGUUGUGGUGUCUGGAUCAAAUGACAACACUGUUUGUUGUUGGGAUACUAGAAGUCGUAACAAUAGCCCAAUACAAGUUUUGAAAGAAGCUAAAGACAGUAUUACUAAAGUUUUAGUGAUAGGCCAUCAAAUUCUAACGGGUUCCUUAGAUUGUUUUUUAAGAACUUACGACAUAAGAAUGGGAAAUUUGGAUGCUGAUUUUAUUGGAAAGCCAAUAUCAUGUAUCAGUUCAACACAAGACAAUAUGUGCACUUUAGUUAGCUGUACAGACAGUACAUUAAAGUUAAUGGACAGACAAAAAGGAGAAUUAUUGAAUGAGUACACAGGUCAUACAGUCGGUGAUUAUUUUAUUGAAAACUGUGUAUUUCAUAACGAUAGCAUAAUAAUAAGUGGAUCAACUUGUGGACAUCUUUGGUGUUGGGAUUUUGUCAGUGCAAAAGUUUUAGAGAAGUUAAAACCUAAUGACAAUGUUUCAUACACACAGUCCAUCAAUUCGAUUAGUACACACCCCAGUAAAAAAGUACUAGUAGCAUCAUGUGGGCCUUGUAUUAGUCUUUGGUCUGAAUAA